AAGAAUGACCCUUAUCGAAACUUGUUUUUUCCGAUAAAUUACAAUUAUGCCUCUCCUUACGUAACGAACUUUAAAAAAUUCGACUUUGCACCCUUCAGUUUUCGAUAAGCAUUGAAAAUGGUUGCUGGUAAAAUAGCUUUCGUAACAGGUGCCGGUAGUGGCAUAGGGAGAGAAGUUUGUAAAAUCUUAGCAAACCGGGGGGCCAAAAUUAUUGCUGCCGACCGGAAUGUACAAUCUGCUGAAGAAACUAUUCAGUCUUUGAAUGAUAUUAAACAACAUCUGGCUGUACAUUUGGAAGUUUCAAGUGUAGCCAGUAUUAAGGAAGCAUUUGAGAAUGCGAAGGCUAAAUAUAGUAAACCACCUACUAUCAUAGUGAAUUCUGCAGGCAUCACUCGUGAUCAGUUUAUCCUGAAACUUACCGAGGAAGCCUUUGACCAAGUAAUCGAUGUGAAUUUGAAGGGAACUUUUUUGGUUAUGAAGACUGCAGUUGAACAAAUAGUUGAAGCUCAAAUAAGUGAGGGAGGCUCAAUUGUUAAUGUGAGCUCUAUUCUUGGUAAUACAGGAAAUAUGGGUCAAGCUAAUUAUACUGCAUCAAAAGCCGGUGUUGUAGCUGUUACUAAAACUGCUGCAUAUGAAUUUGGAAAAUAUGGAAUUCGCGUGAAUGCAGUGUUACCAGGUUUUAUAGAAACUCCUAUGACAAUGCCAGUUCCUGACAAAGUAAGACAAGGUUUUCUGGAUAGAAUACCUCUCCAUAGAAUGGGAAUGCCGGAAGAAGUGGCUGAAGUUAUAGCAUUUUUAGCAUCAAGCAAAAGUUCCUAUAUCAAUGGUGCACCUAUACCAAUUACAGGGGGAUUGCAAUAAAAAUAUAUUUUUUACAUAUAUAUACAUAUAUAUAUAUUUUUAUAAUUAACC